AAGGACAGAUUCAGUAUGUACAGAAUGCACUUAUAAUUUAAUCAUCGCGUUUUUAUUUGUCCAGAAAGUGUGAGCAUCCAAAAAACGUCGUUUUGUCCUCGGUCAGAAGGGUUUUGUUGGUGCUAAAGCAGCUUUUUUGUACAGCAGAACCAUGAGAGCGACUGGAUGUGCGCUGUUCCUCAUUCUCACCAAAUGUGUUUUCUCAAUACCCCUGUCUCCUAGUAACAUGGAUAAUGAGGAUGUUAAGGUGAUUAAGUGUAUAGUGGAUGUGUUGGCGGAUACGCUGACCAAGCCUCAGUCAAUCCCAGUGUCUCAGGAAUGCAUGGAAACCCUCAGGGCUGAUGACAGGCUUGUGAGCAUACUGCGUCAUCGAAACUUUCUUGAGGAGCUGCAGAACAUUGCAGGAGGAGGAGCCAAUAAAAUAUCUGAAAAGGGUUUAGAGGAUGAUUUUGGUCAUACAAGGGACCAUGCUGAAGAUCUGGAGAGCACUGCAGAUCAGUCAAUGCUGAUUGACAUGCUGGGACCCGAUGAGAAGGCAGAGAAGAGAGGUUCGGAGGAGGAGGACAGUAUGGAACGUGAGGAGAAAUCAAGAAAGUCAAAGAAAAAUGAUGCAGUUUUUCAAGAGGACAGAAAAGAGGAUCAGGUAGCACCAGUCUACAUCAAGCAGGAGCACAAGGACAAGCACAUCGCUAUGAAGAAAGCCGACAACAAAGAGGAGAAGAAUUUGCACCUAGAAAAAGCAGAGGAAGUGGAGCAGAGAAGCAUGGAGGAGAGCCAUGAGGAGCUGAAGUCACUAGAGGACAGAUCAGGUGUAGUGAAUUUGGAGAAGAAAACAUCUGAAAUGAAAAUGAAAUCUCUUAAUCAUAUAAAGCAGCUGACACUCCGCAGAGUUGAUGGUCCACCAGUGUAUGACAAGCAGGGGCCACUGCACCACUCUAAGGAAGUAUGGAAAAGCCCCGAGGAGCAAGAGCUUCAAAUGAUGGCACAAAAGGACCCAGAGGACCGGCGAGAAGAGGAGGGAAGUGCCAGCAAAAAGACAGAGGAUGCAGAGAUGGAAAGUUUGGCUGUGAUCGAGUCAGAACUUGAAAGCAUGGCUCAGAAACUGCAUGAGCUGCGCCAUGGCUAAAUAAAUCCACCCCCCUCUUCUAUUUCAUCUUCUUCUUCUCUUAUCUGUUUAACAAGUGGCAGGUCGGUCAGCCAAGAUGACGCUUUAUCCCUCCAGCUUUUGCCAAUUCAUGUUCAUCUUUAGCUUUAUUCACAGUGCCAGAUUUAAUGCAAAAUGUAAAGAAUUCGAGCCAACUUUUACUGGUUUUUAUCAAACUUCUUGCUGUGUUGCUGUAGCUUUACAUCAGUCUCUUGUUUGCUUAGUGAAAAAGCACCAUGCAGAACUAACACCAGGAAAAUGCUGUAACAAUAAUUCAUUUCAAUCAGAGACGGAGAACGACGUUUUUAAACAAAGGGCCGUGUUCUUUUAAUGUGCCUGAUGGAUCCUCAUGCAAUAAUGUUUUUAUGAAAUAUGGUUACUUAAUUGUACAUGUAAUGUGGGAUUCGUUUUAGAAAAUCAAUAAAUAAAAGAUAGGUGUCAGUAGUAUGAAA